UUAUUUUAAAUAACAUUAUGCUAUUUUAAUAAGACGUAUAAUUUUUGAUAUACAAUAUAUCAAUUGUUUGGUUAUUAUUUGGAUAUAUUAGAUAAUAUUUAGCUUUUUCGAUUCAACUGUAAACGUGAAAAGUAAACGGCUGACUAAUGACAAUUAUUUUUGAUUAAAUUAAUACCUAAAUUGGCCAGGUCAAGGUAAGUUUUGUUUUUUUAGAUUAAUGAAAGGUCUGUAUUUUUUGGCAAAUUUGAGUAUGUUUGGUAUUUAAAUGCCCGGUUUUUCUAUAAAUUUUGGUGUAUUGUAAAAUGUUCGGAUUAAUGUUCAUGAUAUAUUUUAGAUUAUUUAAUAUUUUUGUGUAUUUUAAAUAGUCAUUUUGUGAUUUCAAAUAUAAUUUUAUAAAAUAAUAUUAAAAAUAUUUUGAUCCACGAUGUUGAACUUUUUUCACUUAUUGAUGCAAAAUUGAUUUAAACAAUGACAAAAAAUUUCAUAUCUUAAUAAUUGAGCUUUUAUCAUUUGUUUUUAUUUAAAUGUGGUAUUUGUUUGAAAUAGAUUUAAAGAUUAUAUAUAUGAUUUAAUAGUAUAGAUAUUUUAUAUUGAAGAACAAUGUGUUCUCGUUAUUGAAAUUUAGUAACGAUAUGAAUUUUCUAUUUUAAUUGAAAAUGAGUUUCUCUUGUCAUAUAUUUGUUCUAUAGCUCCAACCAUAAUUUUACACAAUUCUUAUCCUUAUAUUAUUUAGAAGAUAGUACUUUUUUGACAUGUUCUUUCAAACGUGAAUAUCUUUUUUGAUGACCACUUUAAUAAAAUUUGCAUGAAUUUAUAUUUUUUUAUUAGACAACAAAUAAUUUAAAUUUUUUUGUAUUAUAAUGUUUGAGUUUCAAGCAGUGUUCUCAACCAGUUCGUAUUUAGUAACUUCUUAGUCUCAGUUUUCUAAUUUUAGAUAAAAUCUUAGGGGGACAAACCCAACUUCUUAGUCUCAUAUUUCUAUUUUUUUUCUAAAUUUAAAUAGUGUUGUGUACAACAACACUAAGUGUUUACCAAUCACCCCUUUAUGAAUAAGCAACUGAGUGAGGACAUGUAUCCAGUGCCGGCUUAUAGCAUGUACUCAGCGUGCAUUUGCAAUAGAUCCUUUCUUUUUUGGCAGUUCUCUUUAAGAAAAUUAGGGUCUUUAUUUGAUAAAAACCUAUAGAUUAAGGUCUUAAAUUUUAAAUUGAUAACGACAUAACUACAUGCAAUUGGUUAAAAAAUUAGAUGCGCACAAGGACCACAAAUUCUUUGAGCCGGGCCUGCAUGUAUCAACUUGUCAUUUGUAGAAACUCACCCUUGCUCUUCAAGCCAAAACUUUUGACCCCUUGGUGGCCAAGCCAGAAAAGUAUAUAUGGUCUUUCAUUCUCUUUUGUUGACUUUUAAAUUUGAAUACAAACAAAAUCCAUUUGUUUUUUUUUUUGUUUAUCAUUGUAUAUAGGGUAAGACCUAAUCGAACUUGCUUAAAACAGUUUCUUUUCAAAAAGAAUAACAAAAAUCUUGAGGCUUAUAAAAGCCAUGCUGUGGGCCGGUGUGAUAUGAUUAUGUAUUAUCCAGAUAGUAAAAGGCAGGAUUCCUUCUGCCUUGAGGCGUUGGAUCAAUCGCAUCGUUUCAUUUGAACUCGUAAACACCGCAUGUAUGUUACGCAUGUAUGUUACUCUUCUGUCUUUCUCUACACUUUGUGUCCAUAUAUAUUUUCUUCUUUGCGUAGGUCAGUAAUCACCAAUCAUGGAUGGUUCGGACGGUUUUUGGCAUUGAUUUGAGCUUCAUGCUUUGUGCAAUUAUCAGAACAAAUAUCAUAUGGUAAACUUAACCUUGAUGCUUUCACUCCCUAUUUAUAUGUUUUUCCAACCCAUAACUACCUUGCUGAAAAAAGAAGUGAGUGGUUUACUUGCAGUUUUCAUUAUUAUUGCUAUAAAAAGAUUCACACAUCAUCGAAUUAACGAAGAAUAUGAAUGUAUAUUAAUUGUUCUCGUCUUAAGUUAUUUUUAACAAAGCCAUAACGUUUGUUCAAAAAAAAAAAAAAAACAAAGCCAUAACGUUUCAUCCUCCGACUUACAACUUAAAUGGAUCGUUGGAUAAUAAGUAGCUAUGAUCUUGGUGGGUGCUUAAGGGCCAAUGAUGAUGCAAAUUGCAAAAUAUGCCUACAUCGUCUGAUAAUGCGAAUGAUAAUAAAAUGUAUUCUGAGGCCUUUAAUUUGUAUCUUUUUCCCUUAACGAUUCACUUGACUAAGGACCAUUAUGUCAACUUUUUGUGGGGUCAAAAAUAAUAAUAAUUUGGUUUACCAAAAAUUAACACCCAUCAACUAUUUUAAAAUUUUAUAUUUAUUCACCUCUUUAAUUUUCUUAUUAUUUGAACAAAAUAUUUAACAAACCAUUUAAAAUUCCAUCGUCAUUUUCCUAAUCAUCUUUAAAUUACAUGUCCUUUUUCUCUUACAUUAGUUCUUUAUAUAAUGAACAAACACUAGUAUAAAAACCAUUGAAUGAUUGUUCAUUCACUAGUUCAUUCAAUGGUUUUUAUAUUAGUUCUUACAUUAGUUCAUUCAAUGGUUUUCAUAUUAUAUAAUGAACACAAACACUAAUGGUUUUCUCUUACAUUAGUUCUUUAUAUAAUGAACAAACACUAGUAUAAAAACCAUUGAAUGAUCGUUGGUUUUUUAUACUAAUGAUUGUUCAUUCACUAGUUUAUAUAAUGAACAAACACUAGUAAUGUUUGUUCAUUCAAUGGUUUUUAUACUAGUGUUUGUUCAUUUUCCUAAUCAUCUUUAAAUUACAUGUCCUUCCUACGUCGCCUUCACCGACUCUGAGAGGUUGAUUGGUGAUGCCGCCAAGAACCAGGUCGCCAUGAACCCCAUCAACACUGUCUUCGAUGCAAAGAGACUGAUUGGUCGAAGAUUCAGUGACUCAUCUGUCCAAAGCGACAUGAAGCUAUGGCCGUUCAAGAUCAUCCCUGGUCCUGCCGACAAACCCAUGAUCCUCGUCAACUACAAAGGCGAAGAGAAACAGUUCGCGGCCGAGGAGAUAUCUUCCAUGGUCCUCAUCAAGAUGCGUGAGAUCGCCGAAGCUUACCUUGGCGUCACCAUCAAGAACGCUGUCGUCACUGUUCCCGCCUACUUCAACGACUCUCAGCGUCAAGCCACAAAGGACGCUGGCGUCAUCGCUGGUUUGAACGUCAUGCGCAUCAUCAACGAGCCCACUGCGGCAGCCAUUGCCUAUGGUCUUGACAAGAAGGCGACGAGUGUUGGAGAGAAGAACGUCUUGAUCUUUGAUCUUGGUGGUGGUACUUUCGAUGUCUCUCUCCUCACCAUCGAGGAAGGUAUCUUUGAAGUCAAGGCUACUGCUGGAGACACUCAUCUCGGUGGGGAAGAUUUCGACAACAGGAUGGUUAACCACUUUGUUCAAGAGUUUAAGAGGAAGAGCAAGAAGGACAUUAGCGGUAACCGUAGAGCUCUGAGGAGGCUGAGGACUGCUUGCGAGAGAGCGAAGAGGACUCUUUCUUCAACCGCACAGACCACCAUUGAGAUUGACUCUCUCUUUGAGGGCAUUGAUUUCUUCUCUGCGCUUACUCGUGCUAGGUUCGAAGAGCUCAACAUGGAUCUUUUCCGCAAGUGUAUGGAGCCUGUGGAGAAGUGUUUGCGUGAUGCUAAGAUGGACAAGAGCACUGUCCACGAUGUUGUCCUCGUGGGAGGUUCCACACGUAUCCCGAAAGUCCAGCAGCUUCUCCAAGAUUUCUUCAACGGUAAAGAGCUCUGCAAGUCUAUUAACCCUGACGAGGCUGUGGCUUAUGGUGCAGCGGUUCAGGGGGCGAUUCUAAGUGGUCAAGGCAAUGAAAAAGUGCAAGACCUUCUUCUCUUGGACGUGACUCCUCUUUCUCUUGGUAUUCAAACCGUGGGUGGAGUCGUGACCACCUUGAUCGAGAGGAACACAACGAUCCCGACCAACAAGGAGCGGGUCUUCACCACCUGCUCUGACAAACAGCCAGGUGUGUUGAUCCAAGUCUACGAAGGUGAGAGAGCUAGGACCAACGACAACAACCUCCUUGGAAAAUUCACUCUCUCUGGCAUCCCUCCAGCUCCACGUGGUGUCCCUAAGAUCACGGUGUGUUUCGACAUUGAUGCAAACGGUAUUCUCAAUGUCUCUGCCGAGGACAAGACCACUGGACAAAGGAACAAGAUUACGAUCACCAACGACAAGGGUCGCUUGUCUAAGGACGAGAUCGAGAAGAUGGUGCAAGAGGCGGAGAAGUACAAGUCGGAGGAUGAGGAGCACAAGAAGAAGGUCGAAGCCAAGAAUGCUCUUGAGAACUAUGCUUACAACAUGAGAAACACCAUCCGUGAUGACAAGAUUGGUGAGAAGCUUGCUGCUGCGGACAAGAAGAAGAUUGAGGAUUCGGUUGAGGAGGCAGUCCAAUGGCUUGAUGGUAACCAAACGGCUGAAGCAGACGAGUUUGAAGACAAGAUGAGAGACUUGGAGAGUGUGUGUAACCCCAUCAUUGCAAACAUGUAUCAAUGAGGAGCUGGUCCCAAGAUUGAGGAAGUCGACUAAGCUGGUCCUUUUAAAAUUGUUUUCCCUUAAUGUCUGGAACGUCUCUAUUUUAGUGUUGUUUUGUUUAGAGUUUUGAUUUUUUUUAAGGUGCAUUUUAACUAGUAACUCUUUAAAU